CAUGGACCUCUGUGAAGGAGAUUCGACUGGCCUAAGCUUGAGGGAAGGGAUGAUGUGUGCCCAACCUGUAACUAACACCAAGGAAGCUAAGUGGCAGAAGGUCUUGUAUGAGCGACAGCCUUUCCCUGAUAACUAUGUGGACCGGCGGUUCCUGGAAGAACUCCGGAAGAACAUCUAUGCUCGGAAAUAUCAAUAUUGGGCUGUAGUAUUUGAGUCUAGCGUGGUAGUACAGCAGCUGUGCAGUGUCUGUGUUUUUGUGGUUAUCUGGUGGUAUAUGGAUGAAGGUCUUCUAGCCCCCCACUGGCUUUUUGGGACUGGCCUGGCUUCCUCACUGAUUGGGUAUGUUUUGUUUGAUCUCAUUGAUGGAGGUGAAGGACGGAAGAAGAGUGGACGGACCCGGUGGGCUGACCUGAAGAGUGCCCUAGUCUUUAUUACUUUCACCUAUGGCUUUUCCCCAGUGCUGAAGACCUUGACAGAGUCCGUCAGCACUGACACCAUCUAUACCACGUCAGUCUUCAUGCUGUUAGGCCACCUUAUCUUCUUUGACUAUGGUGCCAAUGCUGCCAUUGUAUCCAGCACGCUGUCCUUGAACAUGGCCAUCUUUGCUUCUGUUUGCCUGGCCUCACGCCUUCCCCGGUCCCUGCAUGCCUUCAUCAUGGUGACGUUUGCCAUCCAGAUUUUUGCCCUGGGGCCCAUGUUACAGAAGAAACUGAAGGCAUGUACUCCCCGCAGCUAUGCGGGGGUCACUCUGCUUUUUGUAUUUUCAGCCUUGGGAGGUUUGUUGUCCAUUAAUUUUGUGGGAGCCAUACUCUUUGCCCUUCUGCUGAUUUCCAUCUCAUGUCUCUGUCCUUUCCACCUCAUUCGCCUGCAGCUUUUUAAAGAAAACAUUCAUGGACCUUGGGAUGAAGCUGAAAGCAAAGAAGACUUGUCUAGGUUCCUCAGCUAA